CACGAGUGAAAAUGUUUCAUUUUCAAUACAAGGGAAACAAUUAUAAAAUAUAUCUUUGAAAAGUAAGAACAAUUAACUCAGUAAUCAUACAAAAUGGUGGAAGUAAGAAUUCUCGUCUGCCUUCUCAUCCUCAAUAACUGCAAAGGACCAAGAUGUAACGUGUUCUAUCCUGGAUUCCAAAGAAAUUUCCGGCUUGAGUUCUCUACUAUAUCAACUAGUACAACAAGAAAUGAGAUAGGACUCCCACCCCGUCCUUCCUUCACCAACCCUGGAUAUAAUGGAACCGUACAAACUGUUACAAUGGGGCAAACUACACAUAUUGAUUGUCAACUAAACAACCUUCAAGGUUUUCAGGUUUCCUGGAUCCGUAAAUCUGGACACUCUAUGGAUCUUCUGACUACUGAGAGAUUGAUAUUUGCAGCAGACGCCAGGUAUUCAGUUGUAUAUUUUCCUCCGGAUACCUGGAGACUUGUGAUUAGAUCAGCUCAGGAGAAGGAUUCCGCAUCAUAUAUAUGCCAGGUGAACACUCAUCCUCCAUCUUUUAUCCUUGUCAAGCUGCUUGUCAUCGUCCCGUCUUUGCUGACCGUGGACGAUAUGGGUGAAGCAGUUACGGAGAAAUAUUUUAAACCCGGUGGAACGAUUAUACUCCGAUGUCUGGUUUCCAACUAUAGGGAGGAUUUCUCCCUACCUAUCUGGUCCAGGAAGGGUGUACAGAUUAUUGAUGAUAAAAAAGAAAGAAGGAUAAAGUAUGAGUACGGGAAGGACGGAUCCCUGGAGCUAAGGUUGUAUCUGGUUGGAGCUGGAGUAGAGGAUACAGGAGAGUAUACCUGUACUAUUCCAGGGAUAGGAGUAAAACCUGCUCUUCUCACUCUCUAUAUUACUCAAGGAGAAGAAACUGCAGCUAUCCAAUCCAACCCUGGUAGUUCUCUAUACCCGGAGAUAAAUCUAAUUAUUCUAACCAUCCUUGCAUACAAAACCAUCACACACUUCCUCUAAACCUUUCCAUGGACAACAUAGUUAAAAUGUUAUAACAAUGUUUUUAAAUGUAAUCUCUAAAACAUGUCUAAUGAAGCUGGUGAAAACUGAUAUCGAUGUUACGGAACACAAAGUUUAUAUUUAGAAAAUACAUUUGCUUUUCUAAAUACAAGUUUCCGAUACCUUUCUUAAAACAGAUAAAUCCUCUCUGACAGGAAGUUUAAGCACAAGUUUAGCUUCAGAUUAAUCCCUCAGAAUAGAAGAUUCUACAGCUAUGUUCUUUUUAUA